ACUGGGCGGCAGCCUAGCGCGCCGGGAGUCGCGAGGCGGCGGGGCCCAUGGGCCGGGGCCUGCGCGCCUCUGGGCCGGGACGAACGGGCAGCUCUCAACGGCCGCCUCCCGGGCUCCGGGGCGCAGCCAUGUUGGCUGCGGCGGCGGCGGGACUAGAAGAGGAGGAGGAGACGGAGGAGGAGAAGGAGGAGGCGGAGGUGGGGACGGCGGCCGGGGCGCGCCCCGAGGCCUCGCAGCAGCCAGGCAUGCCCCCUCCAGCUCCGCCUCCGCGCCCACCGCCCCGCCGCACACUGCGAUCGCCGCGGGGGGGGAAAAGUCGCCGGGCGCCCGACGGCUCCGGCCCGGCUUACCCGAGCUCCUACACCGCGGCCCGCCCCUCUGGCCUCUCUCCUUCCCGGCCCGCCUUCGGCCUGGAGGAGGUUGCAGGCAACUGAAGCACUGGGAAAAGGCCCCCUCUCUCUCUGCACAACUGCUUACCUGGAAGGAAAUCUGCAUCCCAGAGAAGACUGCAAACUUCUGCAUUGCAACCACUGACUUACUUUCUACCACGGGGCAAGAACUCUUUCUAUGUCACUAUUAUUAAAGCAAAGGCAUCUCAAAUGUCCUUCUUU